AACUUGAUUUGAGAUCAAAGACUAUGACUUUGAACUGGCAUCGACGCUUGUUGUUUUUCAGUAGUUAGUUCUUUAUCUGAUGUAAAGACGGGUUUGGGGCGUUUGAUGCUUGCCUGAUCAUUUUCAUAUUGAAAAAUGUGUGAGAAUGAUCAUCAUUUUGUCGAGUGGAAAGAGCAUUUUGUCUCACAAGAGCGAGGGAACCGUGUUGUUCAUUACUUCCUGAAGGAUUCUGCGGGUGAAUCCAUCCUAGCUGUGGUUGGUACUGAGAGAAGUGUUAGACACAUGUUCUAUGUUGUCUCUGAGGAGUUUGUGCGUAUUCAUGGUUCGGAGAAUUCAAUUCAUGCGGGCUUUAAAUGGAGGUCGAGAAGGGAAGUUGUGGAUUGGCUCACUUCAAUGCUGUCUAAGCAAAGUACACAAGGAAACUGGUCGAAGUCACCAAAAUGUGAGUCAGGGGAAUCUAAUGGAUCUCCCGAAUUUCCAAGCAAUGGAUUUGCUGCUCAGCGAGCUCAAGCAAGUGAAGAGGUCCGUCUUCCCAUAAACUUAAGUUUUCACAGUUGGGAGAUUAUGUGGUCAGGAACUCCUUGGAUGUGUGGUAAACAGCUCAAACAUUACCCAUCAUUUUGCAGAAAUGGGACAACAAUAGGGGUUCAAUCUUUUGUCUUUGUCAUGAGCAAAGGGGAGGAUCGGUACGUUGCAUAUCUGGAAGAUAUGUACGAGGACAAGCGUGGCCUAAAAAAGGUCAAGGUGAGGUGGUUUCACUACACAAAAGAAGUGAAGGGUGCAGUUGCUCUCAAAAACCCAAACCCAAAAGAGGUUUUCAUCACCCCUCACUCACAGGUUAUCAGUGCAGAAUGUGUUGAUGGUCCUGCCACUGUCUUGACCCAUGAGCAUUAUGAGGAGUGUGUGGCUUCCUUUCCUAAUUCUUUAUUGGCAAAGGUAUACAUGUGCUAUCGGCAACUGAGGAACAGCAAAGUUAAACCUUUUGACUUGAGUAAAUUGCGUGGAUAUUUGGACCAACCGAUUAUGUCUUGCUUAAGUUCUAUGGAGGCUGGUCCUGUAGACUGUGCGAUGAAUAUAGAGAAAGAUGAAGAAUGUAGUGAGGGUGAGAAUGUAAUGGUUGGUGCUGAGAGGAGCAUGAAAAAACGAGCAGGAAUUAUGUCUGGCCAUCUGUUAACAACUUAUGAAUCUUCAUGUAAGAGACUCAAACUUAAUGCCUCGGGAAAAAGAUUUCCUUCCCCAACUGAUGUUCAGAAACAUCCUUGUUACAAUGGAGUGGUUAAGGCUGAUGCAAAAAUAGAGUUUCUGUGUCAAGAUAGCGGUAUUAGAGGCUGCUGGUUUAGAUGCACUGUCCUGGAAGUAUCAAGGAAACAGGUAAAACUCCAGUAUGAUGAUAUAGAGGACGAGGAUGGAUAUGGAAACCUUGAGGAAUGGGUACCGGCUUUUAAAUCUGCUAUGCCUGAUAAGCUUGGUAUAAGGUUGUCCAACCGCCCAACAAUCCGGCCUGCUCCUCCAGAUGCUAAAACAUCAUACUUUGAUCUUACAAUUGGUGAAGCUGUUGAUGCAUGGUGGAAUGAUGGUUGGUGGGAAGGUGUUGUAAUUGCCACUGGCAAACAAGGUGCUGAGGAAUUGAAAAUAUAUAUCCCUGGGGAGAACUUAUGCUUAACAGUGCUCAGAAAGGAUAUUCGGAUUUCCAGAGACUGGGUGGGAGAUAGCUGGGUUGAUAUCGAUCCUAAACCCGAAAUACUCGCUAUUGUAUCUUCUGAUAUUAGCUCGGACGCCAAGCUUUCCACGUCGUCCACUCUUGCAAAAGACACCAAGGCAAAGCCCAUUGUUAUGCCAGAUAUUGUUGAGGAGGCAGAACCUGAAGGUGACAAAGCGGACAAUUACCUUUUAGGAGAACAGAACAAAGAGCAUAAAGAUGAUGGGGUUGUUAAGGAGGAUGAUGAAAACAAACUUUCAAAAGAAGAGGAUAAAGAGGUUGGAAGUAACGAAACUAAUACCUAUGUCAACUAUGAAAAUACCGUGGAGGACCACAAAGAAGAUGAUGUUACCCUUAAUGAUGAGAAGGCCCGCAAAUCAGAAUCAGUCUUCACCCUAUCAAAAACUACUACCACGCUGGUGACAACGUAAAGAUGCUUGCUUGAAGUCAUAUAUAAUGAUGGUAAUUCUGGAGAGAGGAGUAGGUAAAGGUUGUAUAGAAAAAUUGAAGAGGCAUGAUUUUGGUGGUUGCAUUUGUUUUAACCGAUCAUCUAAGCAUAGGAUUAUUUAGUACUGGUUGUUUUAGGUUUUAUUUAUGCAAUGUUAUUAGGAGAAAAUGAAAUCCGUUUCUAUUUUGCCUAUUUUCUCAAACCUCUUUGUAAAAAGUAAAAACCACUUCGUAUCAGCUUGUAAGAAAUUUAGUUUAUCUAA